AUAAGGUGACAGAUAAUUCCCCAACAAGUCCGUGAGAAUCGUCGAGUGAAAAAGGCAAGAAAAGGCGGAAAAACAUGACGAAACUGUUUUAUUUGUUGAUAUUGGCAACGGCAAGUUUGGAAUUGGCUGCUAGCCAGACGAUCAGCUGUUACGACUGUGACCCUCAGAGUUUUGUAAGUGGCUGCGACGACCCGAUUGGUAACGCUGUUAGAUCAACACCCUGUAUUGUAGACCCUGAAGUUGUCAACGGAACCUCAAUUUGCGUUUCUGCAUUUUUAAAUGUUACAGGAGGUGCUACCAACGCGACGGGUAUAUACAGGGGUUGCCGCACCUUAGGACCAGCCGUAGCAGACUUCUGCGACUGGUUCAGACAAGAGACACAAAAUGCUAACAUCACAGUCGUCACCUGUGUGUCGUGUAACACCACCAGGUGUAACAGCAUCCAUUUCAAAGAUUUCACAGGCAGCGGCGCUCACUAUAUUUUCGCUUCCAACGGAAGAGAGUGACAUGUGAAUGUGCACCGUUUGUUAUCAGUUAGGAGUAUUUGCUCUUGAGGGUUUUGUAAAUA